CAGAGACCCCAACCCCAAGGUGGAGCGGCUGUACGACAGCGAGAGAGACGAUCACAUGCUGAGAGUCCAGAACUUUUCUAUUUUAAAUCGACACAUCAGAGCCUUCUACCAGCUCGUUGUGCUGACAUCAAGUGGCCAAUAAAUCAACUAGAAAUGUGCACUCAGUAGAGUGCAGAUCUCCGCCAGGUGUGUCUGCAACGACCACUGCUACAUUGUGUGAUUGAAUGAGGACAACACACAAUUGGCUCACCCCCAAACACACUGUCCAUCCCGUUAGCUGUUGGCCUAGCACACUAUCAUCUCUGUGGGUGCAGAGAAAAAGUCAGUAAAAUGUUGUAAAAAGUCAGAAACCUUUUGCCGUUACUUAUUUUACCUUUCUUUUUUUACUUGAACUUGUUAAAUACGCUUAUUUGCUUUCUUGCGUGAAUGAGAACAUCAAUAUCACUCUUGUGUCCGUCCAAGUGAUGAAGCUCCACCCAGCAGUCAGCUAGCUUAGCUAAGCACAAAGAUUGGUUACAGGGGAAACGGAAAAUAAUGAACAUGUCAUAUGUUUUGUUUUAUCUCUACAAAGAAGUGUAAAAGCGGCUCCUCGGAGUCUCAGACUUGAAAGACUGUAAAACCUCAUCAAAGCAUAUAUUGGAUAUGUCAAACUCUGGCAUUAAUAUUUUUUUAUGAAAAAUGUCUUGAAUAGCUUUGUUGAUUUUCCAGCACUGGGUGGACUUAAAUGACCCUCAGCCCAUUAUAAGUAGAAAAGUAGAAAAGUCUUGUUAAAAACAGUUUAAAUAUCCUUCUAAAACAUAACUGGGGGCCACACCAAAUGUCCGAGGGAGAGAGGGUGAAAGAGGAGGCUGGAUAAGCAGUUGUCAAGCUGUGAGGUAGUAAAAACAGGAGGGCAUACUGAAGCUCAACCAUCAGCCUCAACACAUGAACAUUUUGCUCAAGGAUAUUUGAAGUUUGAAGUCCAUGCAGGGGGUGACGCAUCAUUUGCCCAAAAGAGAAAGAGAUAAAGCAACAGAACAUUUGCAUCCUCAGUAGACGUGUCACUGCUUAAUAUCGUACAAAUGGGGUGAGAACAAGUUAAGGAGUGGGAAGCUGAAUAUUCUAGGUGCAGUCUUGGUUAGAGGCUUGAAGAAAGAAAGUGAAUAAAAACCAAACAGCAGUAUUGUGUAUUUCGUAAUAUGCAUUGUAGGCGCCUGGAGGCCCUGAGGAAAUGACACAAUUCUUUCCUCGGAGGAUGAUUCAAAGGCUUCUGUUCUCAGCAAAAGAAAACCUCCCCAAGCACUAGUCAGGUGGACUGAACAUGCGCCGCUGAGUUUGUCACACAAUAUAAAAAAACCCAAGUCUACAAGGUUUCACUUCCUAAUUUUCAGUGAAUCACUAAUGUCCCUUGAAAGCUCAGAGCAGCCCAAGAUGCCAGCAUUAAUUGGGAAGCUCAUAUCAGUCGGCGUUACAACACAAUUUCACCUGGAGGACCUGCAGCAGUUGAUAUUGAUGCCUCUCCCAAACGUUGCCAUUCUGGGUCAAGACCCCAUAACAGAGGCAGCCGUGGAAGAGCUCAGGCGACUGCUUCUGCUACUACUAGGAUGUGCUGUGCAGUGUGAAGAGAAGGAGGCGUUCAUUCAGCAGAUCCAGUCUCUGGACAUUGAGACCCAGGCAGCCAUUGCCAGCUCUAUACAGCAGGUGACUCAGGAUCCUCUCAUGGUGCUGCCGCUGAGGUGGGAGGAGCUGGUAGAGGUUGAAGGUGCAGACUUUCAGCUGGUGUUCACCUCUAUGGCCAAACAGAUCCAAAACCUGCUGGCUCAGAGAGACACACACCUGGAGAGGAUAGCGGAGCUGUGUCGUGAGCAUGAGGCCCAGUCUGACUCACCCACGGCGCCCCUGGGUGGUCACAGCAAGGAGCCACCCCAAGGUCUGGCACUCCAGCUGGCAGACAGCAAGGCCAAACUCCGCCGACUUAAACAACAACUGGAAGAUAAAGGUGAUCAGAUAUUGGAUUACAACCUGGAGAUUCAAACCAUGGAGGACCAGCUCAAGAAACUUCAGAAAGAGAACCGUUCUCUGCAGGGUGAGGUGAGGGGCAUGCGCGCACUGCGGGAUGAGCUGGACUGCGCCCGAGAGCGAGCUGCACGGACCGAGCAGCUCCAGACUGAGCUUCAGAGCUGUAAACACAGAUUGCGCAGCCUGGAGCUCACACGCACUCAGUUGAAGGAGCAGCAGCAGCUGUGUGCAGCACUGCAGGAGACCAAAGUUCUUCUGGAAGAACAGCUAGCCGACGCACGAGCGCGCUGCUCCUCAAUAAGGGAGCUGGAGAGGGACAAUCUUCUGCUGCGUCAUAGAAUCAUCGACGUGGAAGCGGAGCGGGACACCGAGAGGCAGCGGGUUGAUGAGCUGCUGGAGAUGAACAUGAGUCUGGAGGCAGACCUGAGGCACAGCAGCAGCAGCUGCAGCAGAGGCGUUCCUGCUCCGGUCGCUGCAGGUCACGGACGUUUCUUCCAAUCAGAGCUGGACUCUGACGAAGAGCUAAGUGACCUGAUUGAUCAGAAGCCGCUGAGUGUGGAGGUGGGCGAGGCUUCGACGCUGAUGCUGCUCGGAGCGGAGCAGGAGAACGCAGAGCUGAGGAGACGACUGGAGGAGUUGCAGGCCCAGCAAGAGGCUGAUUCUCCAGAUGCAAAAGAUGAGCUGGCUUGCAUGGAGACGGAGCAUCAGAACACACUCAGAGAGUUUCAAAACAUGAAGAAUGAAAAUGCCACUUUGAGGCAGCGCCUUGAACAGCUGGUGACCAAACUGCAACAAAUAGAAGACGAGAGGAAGGAGGAAGAAGUGAAGAAGCCAGACCAAAAGGAGGAGGAGAAGGUGGAUAGAGGAGUCCAGGGCUCUGAAUCCUGCAGAGGAGAGGGUGAAGGAAGGGUGAGGAUGAUGGGGGUGAGAGAGAGAAGAGGAGAAAACAUUGUAACCCAGAGGGAAGCAGGAGUUGGGGAAGAGAUUCUCCAUAUUGAUGGAGAAAAAGAAGAACUAUGCGAUGAGGAGGUUGAGUCCAAAAGGAGAGGAGAAGCAGAGGGAGGACAGAAAGAGAAGGAGAACGAAAUACAAACAAAGAAAGAACGGACUGCUAUAGUAACAAGCUCAGAGAUCCAAAAUCCCCCCAAAAGUCUAGAAGACGAUACAGAGACCACAGCUGCAGACCAGGCUGUUUGUUCCCUGUCUGGUGCUGAUGUGGUGUUUCUGACAAACCGGCUCCAGGAGGCCCAUGAGGAGGCUGACCGACAUGCGAUCGUGGCCCAGGACCUGCGCUCCAAGCUGGGGAAGCAGAGCAAGAAAACCUGGGAGGCUGAGCAGAGGCUGGUGGUCCUGGAGGCCGAGAUGCAGCGCCUGAAGAAAGCUGCCGAGAGUCUGGGAGAUGCCCGCAGACAGAUAGAGGUUCUUCAGUCUGAGGGUCUGAUUAUGGAGGAAGAGCUGUGCCGCCUGCGGAGCCAAGCUGCGCUUCACGGGAUGCAGACCACGGUCAUCGCCACCCUGGAGGGAGAGCGGGCCACACUGGAGAGAGACAGGGACACACUACGCAGCACUAUGGACGCCCUGCGCAGCGCCCAGCGCAAGAGUGGCCAGCUGGAGCUCUCCUCUCAGACUCUCAGGGCAGAGGUGGAACGACAAGGUCGGAGUUUGGAGACUUCUCGUCGUCGGGAAGAGGAGCUGGAGGCAGAGCUCCGUGAGGCAACUGUGGAGGCCGAAUCUCUGGCCCGGGCACGAGACCAGGCGUUGCAGGAGGCGUCAAGGCUGGAGCAGGAGAAGGAGCUGUGUCAGUCGGAGCUGGACAGCCAACGGAAGGAGGGGAGGCAGAGAGAGAGAGAGGCAGCGAGGCUGAGGCAGCAGCUGGAGAGCACAACCCUGGCCCUGGAGCACAGCAACCAGAGAGCUCGAGCCCUGGACGCUGAACACAGAUGUGUGUGUCAGCAGCUGUCUGAAUCUAAGGAGCUCUGCACUGAUCUGCAGGACCUUGAGAAGGAGUUCAGCACUCGAUUAACCAGCAUGGAGGAGGGUAAACAGCAGCUGCAGGAGCAGUAUGCAGAUGCUCAGGCCAAGAUUAAUUCACUGUCUCAGGACCUAUGCAAUGAACAGGAACGUUCCCAGAAACUGUCCACUGAAGUCGAACGUCUGUGCCAGAAACUACAAAAAGCUGAGGCGGAACUACAGACGGCAACCAGUUCUCUCAACCAAUCAGAGGAGAGAAUAGAGUUGCUCUGCCAGAGCCUGAUGAAAAGUGAAUCUCUUCUCCAGUUUGAAAAGAGAAGAGGAAGUGUGGAGGUGGACACUACGUCCAAUUCAAAUUCAGACUCCUCAGACAAAGCACAUAUUUCUCAGACACACACCCAGGAGACAUUACAUCUGGAUCAAUCCCCUGCAGCUGGCAAAGGUCGUGACCUUUCCUUGAUCCAUAAUUAUGCCACUGGAGAGACAGAGAGGCAGCUGAGUGAGCGGUUGAUAGAGCUGGAAAGAGAGAAAGCGGUGGUAGUUGCCGAACAAGAGGCGUUGCUGUCGCGGCUGUCUCAGUCCCAGGAGGCAGGUGAGCACCUAAAGGUGCAGCUGGAGGCUCUGCGCCGGCACUCCCUCAGCCUGCAGGAGUCCUGCACCAGGCUACAGACACUCAACACCCAGCUACAGGUGGAGCAAGCAUCCCUAAGCUCCCAGCAUGCAGCAGUGCUGGCGCGCUGCAGUGAGAGCGAGGCCCGGUGUGCGGCUCUGGAGGCCGAGUCCAAGGUGUGGUCGCGGGAGCGUGAGGAGUCGGUGGCCAGGAUGGAGGCUCUGAGGCGGGACCACGAUCGGAUGACUGCUCUGCAGCAGCGGCAGGAGGUGGAGCUGGAGGAGCUGCUGGACAAACACUCUCAGAUGAGGAGCAACAACCGCAACCUGGAGGCUCAGCACAGGGAGCUGGAGGCCAGAUACAAGGAGCUGCUGGACGGUAAAUCCCAGCUGGAUGAGAGAGAGCUGGAGAUGAAGAUGGAGAGAAAGGAGAUGGAAGCAGAGGCCCAGAGGAGACUUGAGAGAGAACGAGAGCUGGAGAGGCUGAAAGAAAACAACGAGAGGCUGCAGGCGCAGCAGAAGGAGGGGUUGGCGUCCCAGGUGGAGCUGCUGGCUCAGGGCUCAGUGCUGAGGGCCGAGCUGAGCAACUCCCAGCUGGAGCGGACGCGACUGGAGGGGGAACUCAGUGGCCUGAGGGAAACCAACCAGAGCCUGGACCUCAGCAGCGCCCGCCUCACCAGCCAGUACCAGCUGUUGAUUCAACUCAAGGGGAACAUGGAGGAGGAGAACCGGCACUUAGCAGAGCAGAACCAGAGUCUGCUGAAGGAGAACCGGGCCUUACUGGAGCAGAGCCUGGAGCGCCGAGAUCAGCACUACUCACAGCAGAGGGAAUACCAGGAGAAGCUGAGCGAGCUCCGUCGGGAGAAGCAGAAACUGGUGGAGAAGAUUAUGGAUCAGUAUAGAGUCCUCGAGCCCAGCAUGCAACCUCCAGCCAGCAAAGCCAAGAAAUCUAACUGGAUUGCGGACAGGAUGAAGAAGCUAAUCAAACCCCGGGGAGGAGGAAGAGGGGGACGCGCCCUCUUUACCGCCAUGGGCAGUGUGGAAAACCUGGCCGACAGCACUGAAUUUACAUCAGACGCACACACACCUCAGCCUGACCGCCGCAGUGCUCCAGUCUCUCCCUGUCCCAUGAGAAAAGCUCCCUCCCAGACAGAUCUGGACAUCUCGGCUCCCGGGACUCCAACCACUCGCUCCGGCUCCGGCGUGCGUCGUAAGCUGGGAUCCCGUCACGGCUGGGGGCUUGGGUUGGCAAGAGGAGGCUCUGGAGUCUCCCAAUCCUUCAGCCCUGGUGACCACAGAACACCGCCUCGCCUGCGGCUAUGCUCCAGCCAGAAUAACUCUGCUGUCCUCUGGGAGGGACAAAGACGGCAGACAAAUACACCCCAGGCAGCAGACGCACUGUUGAGCAGUCAGGAGAGCGUCGAAGAGGAUGACGGCAGAGACAAUCAACACACCACACCAGUGACGACACCACAACGACCUGAGACCGAACACUCGACUCUCAAUUAAAGAACAGACUUUUUUAUGUACUCCUGGCAAAAUGUUUUGCUGCAGCUUUUAAUAUGUCGGACUAUUUUAUAUAUGAGAUCCUUCUAGUAUAUUUUGAAUAGCCUACAUGGAUGAAUACAUCCUUCUGGCAAUUGUUAGUGAGGUUAGUUGCAAACCAUCUUUCUUGUACACAGUAUAUGUAAAACGUUAUUAGACAAGUUAAAAAUAAAACUGAAAACAUAAAAUAAAAUAAAAUAUAAUUUUUACUUUACAACAAAUCAGUUGAUAAAUGACAUGAAAACAUAUUUGUUUUCUCUUUAUUUAUCUUUCUCUUGCUCAUUUUAUUAUUUAUAUUUUAUUUGAUCUAUUCCCUGUUUUCAAACUGCUGGUUGCGUCCCAUUUCCUGCCCAAAGUCAGCAUCAGUGUAUUUUAACGAGCCUACAGGCUACUGUGAGCACAAUCCUCCCCGAAUAGAAUAUCAAUUUUAGGCACAUCCAGAUCUUUCCCCAACCAAGUUGUUUUUGUGCCAAAAUCCAACCAUAGCUGCUGUAGUUUUAUAUUCCUUUUCACACUCCAUGUUAAUUAUUGACGUACAAUAUUAUUUAUUUAUGUUUUCGAUGUUUUACUACAUUGUUUUAGUGUCAGGGCUCCGUACUCUACAUACAGACCCACACACCAUCUGUGCAGUGUGUGUGUCCGGUAAUAUACAGAUGCUUAGUGAAGACACCAGGAAUAUCAAUAUUUUAUUACACCAUGUACAGUAUUUUUGUUUUCAAGUUCAGUGCUAGUGCUUCAUCUUGUCUUCCAUAAACCUUUAUAGGAUUAACAAAAACAAAAGUCUUGUAGUCCUUCUGAUCACCUCCUCUCUAAAUUGGUUAACUAAAAGUCAACGAAGUAUCACAUAUUUUAUAGGAUAUGCUUCAGGGUAAAAAGGAGAAACUAUUAGAUACUGACAACAAUAUUCAAUAUUAACUUUGACAUACCUAAUAAAGGUGCCACAAUACUUUAUUUAAGUAAAGAACCUAAAAAGGAUUAAGCCAUCUGCAGUCCAGUUUGAUCACUCUGAGUCAGAAUAAUGCAAGAAGAGAAAUAAAUAAAUAAAUCUACGAUUGAGGUCCUUAACUUCAAGAUCUGAUCUGUGCACAGCGGGAUGAACAUGGAGAAACCCCUCCACCUGGCUCACAUAUGGCUAUAAAUCCCAUUUCAUUUGAGGGUUCCUGUAUAAAUCAGGUCAUUGAUCUAAUGGCAAAUGAUCUGCACUACUGCUUUCAUGAGAACCCUCUUUAACUUCUUACACUGUCGCACCCAAUGGUGUCAGUGUGGAGCCGGCCAGGCCUCUCCCAACAGACAGGCACAGACAGACAGACAGAUGAAGAGGGAGGAAUUAGCAUGCAGCUUUCCAAAUGAGCAGACCUGAGAGUUCAUCAUGAAGCUAAAGGGCCCUUGACGGGCAGCUUCCAAAGAGCUCCUGCCUCCCAGAUUAUGGCGAGGUUACGUCAGUAUUUCCAGUAGGGGUUGUUUUUGAGUGUGUGUGUGAGUGCGGAAGAUGACACUAAGAUAAUGGCAGGCCGUAGCGCCGUCUCUAAAACCAGCGCUCCCCAAACAGACAUCCUGAAUUAUGAUUUGCAAAUGACAAAUGGGUCGCUAAUACAAUUCAUGAAUUAUGUAGUUGUCAUGGUGACAUUAAUCAAAAAAGCAGGCCCCUUCUUUCAGCUUGGAACAUUGUGUUUGUGAAAUUGAGAUGCAUGACGGGGGGCUGCACACCGAGCCGUCUGAGUGAGCGCAGGGCAAAGCGAUAGCAAGAUAUUGGUUCUGCCAGUCACUCAGAGGCUUAUUACGAGUGCGAUGCAACAAUCACACGCCUUCAGGCACACAUUUGCAGCGCCCACAGACAAAAACUGAAGGUUAGAGACCUCUACACACCAUGGGCGUUGUUUGUACACCAAUAUCAUUUUUGUCAUCAGUACUUUUACACAGAAUUUUUUUAAUACGCUGCAAAAAAGGGGCCUAAUUUCUUUUUGACGCAAGGUACAUUUUUCUGACCUUUUUACCCCGCGAAGAAAGGCAUCACCUAAUCAGUUUGUGUGGACUACACUCAAAGACACUAUCGGUGCAUUUGUAAAUAGUCACUCCGUGUGCCAGAGCGCAAACUGGACACUUCGUAAAUUCAGAGUGUAGCAUUCGGUUAUUCAGAGCACCGCACUCGCAAGCGCAGUGAAUGUGUGAACGUUAUUUGUUUGUCUUACAGUAGCUUAGGCUAAACAACAAUUUACCUCAGACAGAAGCUGCUCUGGGUCAAUAUGAUCUUAGUAGUUGAUCCUCUGCCUGUGAGAAUUUAUUCAAACUUUGUAUUGAAAAAGUGCUGCAAAUGUCUCAAAUUUGCAUCACUGCUGCUGUGAAUAGUAUUGAUGCAAAAUAUUUGCAGGUGAGUAAAUUGCAUUUUUGUGUUGUUUAUUUGUCAUGCCCCCAGUGUCCAACGGCCUAAAAUAGCUUUGUGGUUACACACAAAGUGACCCGCCCACAUUAUCAAUACAUUCUUAAAGAGGGGCACUUGGAGGAGGAUGAAUAAAAACAGGAACGUGAUUCAUUUGCAAUUUGACCCUUAUUUUUAACAGGAUGUCUCACUGAAAUAAACCAGUACUGUCUUUUUUAAAGGGGGAUUGUUUUUUCCCCUGAAAGCACAACAAGCAGCAACAAAAAAUCAGUCAAAAAAAAGCCUCAGAGAAAAAAAAGAAUAAGAGGUAGAAAAGUCUUGGCACAAAAUGAGUGAUUAAGUGCCACCUGUGAUUCCUAAAGGGAUGAAUGAUGGAUGGUUGCCUUGGUUGACAUCAUGGUUGGAUCUCAAGAGUCUGCUCAGCUGCUUAAUUAUUGAGCACCUGAGGGGUGUGACGCUAUUAGCGAACAUCAAUUUCUCAACCCUCCUUUUCAAUGAUUUUUGCCUUCCUCCUUUUGUAAAGACCUCCCCUCUCUCCCUCCUUGUGUCUCUCUGAAGACUUCUCUCUGUAAUUCCCUUUCACAAUCAAGGUCACUCUUCCUUUCUUCUUCCCAAGAAAACUGUCUCCUCCUCUAUUAAUAAUAAUAAUAAUAAUAAUAAUAAUAAUAGAUUUCGAGAGUGCUUUUCAUGAAACUCAAACACGCUUUACUUUAAGUAAAACUGAUCAUAAAAAACAGCAUAAUAUAUAAAACACAACAUUAAUCACACAUUGAAAGCAGUUCUAAAAAGAUGAGUUGGGAUUCGAGUGUGAACAGAGUGGUUUAGUCUCGGAUGUGUGUGUUGAGUUACAGAGGGGGAUGUGGGCGGGGGAUGGAGAAGUCUUUGUCGCCCCAGGUCCAGUUCUUGGUCCUGAGUGGUGGAGACAGGAGGUUGGCAUUAGAGGAAUGGAGGAUGUGGGAAGGAGUGUGUUGGUGGAGGAGAAUAACUUGGACCGGUUGUGGGACGGGGAGCCAUCGUAGGUUCUGGAGGACAGGUGUGAUGUGAUCACGGGAAUGGGUAAACAGAUGAGCUCUUCUGAGUUCUGGAUGCGCUGGAGUUUAUUUAGGACUUUGGCUGAUGUGCCAUAAAGAAUUAUGUUGCAGGAGUAAAUAGUGGAGUAAUAUGUGAUGAAAGAGUGUAGGCAGCAGAGAAGGAGAGUGAUGGGCGGGAACGAGUUAUG